CGAAGAUAUAAGCUUCAUGUAAAAGAUAAUCAGUCAGUGUUUCAUGAGAACAGUUGUAGUUCGUACGUUUUUAAGAAGAUCUUUGUAAUUUUCAGAUUAUUACCAUUAUUAGACGAAUAGAUAAAAUUUGUACUUUUUCAAAUAGUGAAUUAUUCUUAAGUGUUGUAUAUACAUAAUUUUAAAAUAUUGAGAAAGAAAAAGAAACGCAGUGCCUUAUAUUAGCAACAUUGUCUUCCUUAUUCUUAUUAUUGUUAUAAUAAUUAGUUAAUGAAAGGAAAUUCUAAAUAAAUUAGACAAAAUGAAUUUAUCUUUCGCUGGUUGUGGUUUCCUUAGUAUUUACCAUGUUGGCGUAGUUGUAUGCUUUAAAAAAUAUGCACCGCAUUUGUUGAUGGACAAAAUUAGUGGAGCAUCAGCUGGUGCUAUCGCUGCCUGUUGUCUUCUUUGUGACUUACCCCUCGGUGAAAUUACAAGUAAUGUGUUGCGUGUAGCACGAGAAGCCAGAGAGCAUACACUUGGUCCAUUUAGCCCAUCGUUUAAUGUACACGAAAUAUUAUUGGAAAGUUUACAAAAAUUCCUACCAGAAGAUGCACACAUUCGUGUAAAUGGGAAAUUACAUAUUUCUUUGACCAGAGUGUACGAUGGGAAAAAUGUGAUUGUUUCACAUUAUAAUUCAAGAGAAGAGUUACUUCAGGCUCUAUUGGCUUCCUCGUUUAUACCGUUUUUUUCCGGUAUAUUACCACCACGGUUUCGUGGUAUCAGAUACAUAGAUGGUGGUUUCAGUGAUAAUCUUCCAACCCUCGAUGAAAAUACAGUCACAGUUAGUCCAUUUUGCGGAGAAAGCGAUAUUUGUCCUAGGGAUACGUCGUCUCAAUUGUUUCACGUAAUGGUGGCAAAUACAAGUAUAGAACUUUCUAGACAAAAUUUCUACAGAUUUCCCAGAAUACUUUUUCCACCAAAUCCAAAAAUUCUAUCCAAUAUGUGUAAGCAAGGAUUUGAUGACGCUUUAAGAUUUUUACAUAGAAACAAUUUAAUUAAUUGUACUAGGUGCCUUGCCGUACAAUCUACGUUUGUUAUAUCGAAGACGUUAGAUGAGAGUAUUGAAUAUGAUCCUGAAUGUUUAGAAUGUAAAAUACAUAGACAGGAAGCGUUGGUAGCUAAUUUACCAGAAACCGUUUUAACUAUAUUUCAAGAUGCCAUAGAUUCAGCGAAUAAAGGUCUCAUCAAUUGGUUGUUUAAACAUAGAAGUAUAAAAUUGCUCUCUUUGCUUAGCUUGCCUUGUACAUUACCAGCAGAUGUAAUGUAUGCAACAUUUACAAAGCUUAUAUUAAACGUUCCAAAGUUACGAAGUAAUCUUGUUGAAGCAAGUAGAUAUUUCUUGGAACAAUUGAGUUACAUAUUCCCACAAAUCAAUGUUUAUUAUCAACCAACACCUCAGACAAUCAAGUAUCAAUUAGCUAUUACAGAAUAUGAAUCUAAUAUUUAUGAUAAAACACCGGAAAGCAGUGAUGCGUUGCGUAAGACUUCUAAGAAUUUAAAUUUGACGCUAAACGAAUUACAAUCUUUGAAUGAAUAUAAUAAUAAAACUAAUUGUGUUAUCGGAGCAGUGGAUGAUACUUUUGAUAAUAUAGCACAGGUGACUGCGGAUCAAGAUGCUGUAAUAGCUUAUUAUUACAUGGACGAAAAUAAUAAAGUACAGGUAACAGAAAUAUAUGACGUAACCGACACAGACUCGCAUGGAAUAUUAUCCAUCGAUGAAGUGGAGACCAAUACAAAGUUACAAUUUGAUGGAUGGGAUGAGCCUACUUGGUUAUCACAACAUACGUUAAAUGAUGUUACGACAGAAUCUCUUUAUACCGAAGCGAAUCAACAAAGUUUAGAAAAUUUGUCUGAUAUAUCAUUGGAUGACGAUAUCUUGGACAAUCCUAAUAUUUUUUCUGAUCCUGAAAGCGAAUGGGGAGUGGAAAAAAGUAAACAAAAAGAAGAACAAUUGUACAAUCCUCCCGAUAGUAGGCCAGAAGUAGAUCAACCAUCAUUAAGUAUAGAUUAUUAAGUAGAUUAAAAAUAUGAGUAUAUUUUUAAUACAAAUAUUAAAUAUCAAAUUAACAAUAAUUUUACGCAUUUGUCUUAGACGGAUAUUGGAUACUUCUGUAUACUUUUUCUAUUAUUAACGAAACCUUAUUUAGGUUUAUUUCUUUCUUCUUCUUUUUUUUUUUUUAGUUUUUUUAGAGAUAACUUCUUUUUAUUGGAUACAGCAUGCGCGUAUCGAUAGUAUUUCUUUUUUAUUUUUAAUAUUAUUAUUAUUAUUAUUAUUAAUGUAUUUACUAACUAUAAGAUAUAUUAUUAUCAUUAUCGUUAUAAACUUACCGAGCAAGUGUUCAUAGAUCUCACGAGUUGACUGAAAUAUUGGUGGUUAAUAUUUUAUUCUAUUAACGGUUAAAUGAUUAAUCUUUAGUAAUUCAUUUAACAUCUUAAAUACUUACAUAUUUUCAA